UGAACCACACUUUGGUUAUUCCAGAAAACUGCCCCUUUACCACCUGCCUAUCUACCUAAGGCUACAAAGUCUGUUAGCGAGGCCAGAAUGCUCACGACUCUCGUCGAGAUCCAUGGUGGUGAAGCGCGUUCGCUUUGCGAAAGUCAACCAUUCUCUCCCAAUCGCGCUGGCCAUUGACGAACACUACAAAUAACAUCCCGCUGCCAUGCCGUCGCUCAAGCGCAAAGAUCGGUCCGCCGAGUCUACCACUAUCUCCAGCCUCUCUUCUGAAGAGGACCAGCGACAACCUGGGACUCCAACGCCAAAUUCGGAAUACGAGUUGGAACCCUCUCCCAAGCGCAUGAAGACGGAUCAACCUCCCCAAGAUGAAGAGUCAGAAGAGGAGGAUCGAGAAGUAAAUACUCGGGCGCCGAGGCAGGAGGCCCCCCUCGAAGGCUACGAUGACCUAUAUCUCGAUACAGUGGAUCGCAACGUCCUGGACUUCGAUUUCGAGAAGCUCUGUUCUAUUUCCCUGUCCAAUAUCAAUGUUUACGCCUGUCUCGUCUGUGGGAAGUACUUCCAGGGGCGAGGCCCAAAAUCCCACGCCUACUUCCAUGCGCUGGAAGUCAACCACCAUGUCUAUAUCAACAUGCAGACACAAAAGGUCUACGUGCUGCCGGAAGGAUAUGAGGUCAAGAGCAAGAGCUUAGAUGAUAUAAAGUUUGUUUCCGAUCCCAGAUAUACCAAGGAACAAGUGAUGGCCCUGGACCGGCAAGAGGUGACAGCAUGGACAUUAAGCGGCAAGAAAUACAUACCGGGUUUCAUUGGCAUGAACAACAUCAAGGACAACGACUACUUCAACGUCGUCGUUCAAGCCCUCUCCCAUAUCCCGCCCCUACGGAAUUACUUCAUGCUGGAAGACUUCUCCGCAAAGCCAGAGCUGGUCAAACGAUUCUCCAUUCUCGUUCGCAAAAUCUGGAACCCUCGGGCCUUCAAAUCUCACGUCUCUCCUCACGAGCUGCUGCAAGAAAUAUCACUGCGAUCGAACAAGAAGUUCACACUGACAGCGCAGUCAGACCCAGUCGAAUUUCUCUCAUGGUUCCUCAAUAAUCUACACCUAGCACUAGGGGGCAGCAAGACAAAACCCGGAAGCAGCAUUAUCCAGCAGGUUUUCCAGGGGAAACUGAAAGUAGAAAGCCAGGCAAUCACCGCAAAGGCUGACGCCGGCGAUCGAUUACGGUUCGAAGAAGCCGCAGAAGUAAAGGUCGACGUGAAUCGAUUUCUCAUGCUCACACUGGACCUACCGCCUGCGCCUCUAUUCCAAGACGAGCUGGAAAAGAACAUCAUUCCCCAAAUCCCACUCACGAAUAUAUUGGCCAAGUACGACGGCCUGAGAGCCCAAGAGCAACUCAACACACGCAAACGCUACCGACUCCUGCAUCCUCUGCCCCCAUACCUCUUGUUCCACAUCAAACGCUUUUCGAAAAAUAAGUUCGUCUCGGAGCGCAAUCCUACCAUUGUAACCUUUGAUGCUCGAAAUCUGGACAUGGCGCCUUACGUUGAACCCAACCCCCAAUAUCACAGACCGGGAGAACCUAUAUGGUAUGACCUAGUCGCGAAUAUCGUGCACGAAGCGGUGAGAGGCCGAGAGGACAGCGUGGAGGGCGAGGAGGAGAAGCAUGCGUGGAAGGUGCAAAUGCGGGAUAGGAGUCGGGAGGAGUGGGUUCAGACGCAGGAUUUGUUUGUAGAAAAGACCCAGAAGGAGUUGUUGUAUCUGGGGGAGAGCUACUUACAAGUGUGGGAAAGGAGGAGGGACGGGAAGAAAAAGAGCACGAGAUAAUUCGAAAUUAUGUAAGAUAAGAGACGAUCCCAAAAGUUUGGAGAUAUAAUAUAGUUUACGGUGCUCAAA